CCCGGAGCUUGUUAAUCUCCCCGCAAGUGAUUCGGUAAGACACGCCCUGCUCGGCUCGACGUGGGAUUCGUCAUGAGCGGGCGUGUGCACCUGUUCUCCAUAUUGCGAUGAUAUUCAUCUUGCAACAUCUGAUAUUGAUCGUCUGAUUUCAUCACCUGCCAUAUAGUGCAAGCGUAUCCUUAUAUAGUCCUUCUAGACCAUCCUGGGAUAUCCUCGAAGGCAGCAAAUCGCCAUGGCUGAUCUUCAAGGUCUGAUCCACAAUGUCCCUCCGGUGACACGCUUCUUCCUGAUCUCGAUAGUCUUGUUCACAGGGCCCGUCUUGCUACAGCAGCUUUCACCUGGAUCUAUCUAUCUAUCUUGGCCACAUAUCCGCCAAGAAUGGGAGGUUUGGAGGCUCUGGUCUUCGUUCUUCUUUGUGGGAGGUGGCUUUCCGGCGCUCUAUGACUUUUUCUUAAUCUACCGCAACGGUAGCAGUCUGGAGAAAGAAACCUUUUUGAACAGGACAGGAGAGUAUGCAUGGGCCAAUCUCAUGGUAGCCUGUAUCAUCUUGGUCUUCAACAUCCCUUUCAACAUACCCUUCUUGUUUAGACCUCUACUACAUGCUCAGAACUACCUCUGGUGUCGUGCCAAUCCAACGAUGAGCAUCAGCCUAUUCGGCUUGCUCAAUAUCCCCGUGCCAUAUUACCCCAUAGCUAUGAUCGUGCUUGACUUGAUCUUGGGCGGUCCACCCAAGGGUAUUGCCGGACUCGUCGGCAUGCUAGCUGGUCACACAUGGUGGUUCCUCUCGACCUACUUGCCUACACAUCCAUCGGCCAAGAUCAAACGACGCAACCCUCUUCAGGCUCCGCGUCGGUUCCUCAACCUUUUCCCGAGUGGCCAGACGGACCGCAUCUACGGGCGGGGCUUCGAGGCGGCUCGUGGGCGAGGCAGCACGGCUGGCGGGAGGACAUCUGCUACCAGCGAGGGGAGGACUACAUCGCACAACUGGGGCAGGAGCGGUCAGAGAUUGGGAGGAGAACCCUUGUAAAAGGAUUGUCCCUUGACAAUUUACAAAGUCUAUCAUGCGGCUUGAUAUCUAUUCAUUGGUUCGUGGAUCCCCAUACAAAACUUGGCCUCGUUUCGUAUCGCAACCCAUCUACUUGAUCUCGAUGACUACCUUACCCAGCCCAUCGCCGCCUC